AUGAGCAUGAACAGCUGGGGCGAAAAGUUCACGUGCAGCAAUAGCGAUCAUCUGCAACAAGUGGUGCUCGAAGACCGCUACCUAGCUCGGAAUCCUUACUUGGCCGCUCCUCCGGUUCGCCGCAGCAUUGCGACCGACGGCCCCCAAGCGGAAGUUUAUCGCACAAGCCCUGUCGAGGCCUGGCGCGUGAUUCGGACCAGACUUCGUGCCAAUAAAAUUGUCCCUGGCGUGGUCGAAGGAGGAGGGCGUCCGGCCGGUUAUUUCACAGGAGCGACCGGCGUAACGCUUUUCCGAGGCGAUGGCUGGCCGGAAGCGUACCAAGGCAUGGCGAUUGUGGGCGAUGUCGGUAGCAACCUGAUUCACCGAAAACAACUCGUCGAUAACGGAAUUGUCUAUCAAGGCGUUCGUGUCGACGAAAAUUCAGGAUUCGUUUCCUCCAGCGACAUCUGGUUUCGCCCGGUGCAGUACGCCAACGCUCCAGAUGGUUCGCUGUAUGUUGCCGACAUGUAUCGCGAAGUGAUCGAGCACCCCAAAUCACUUCCAGAGAUGAUCAAAAAGCUAUCGGGGUUAUCUUCCACGGAAUUGGUUGGCCUAUUGAACCAUCCCAAUUCGUGGCAACGCGAAACGGCCGCUCGGCUGAUCUAUGAGCGUCAAGACGUGACCGCGGCGCCAGCGCUGAUCGAUUUGCUUGAAAAGGACGUUACCGCCGAGGCGAAACUGCUCGCCCUGUAUGCGCUCGAAGGCUUGAAUCAACUGACACCAACCCAGCUUCUCGCAACCAUGGACGAUAAGCAUCCGCGCGUUCGUCAGCAUGCGGUACGUCUCAGCGAAUCGCAUCUGACUGCGUCCAAAUCGCUCCGCGCCAAGCUUCAACAGUUGGCCACCGAUACCGAUCGGAAGGUGAGAUUUCAGGUCGCCUUUUCCGCAGGAUACCUUCCGACACAGGAAAAAGCGGCAGUCCUGACUCAGAUCGCCAAAUCGGAUGCAGACGAUCGAGAUUUCCGUGCGGCCAUCCAAAGUUCGCUUGCCACAGGGGCAGGGGAGUUCCUUGCUCAGUACCUACAGCAGCCACCCGAAUCCGACGCGUUGCUAAACGAUGUUACCCGGCAGAUUGGCAAACAGCAGCGGCAAGAUGACAUCGCUGUGCUGGUGGCUCUACUUCCGCAGCUACGUACCCAACAGCCCAAACGGUUUACUUCCAUCGUCAAGCAACUGAAUGCCUCCCCCGGCAGCCCUCUUGCUCAGCAGCUUGCCAAGGCAACCUCUGGCGGAUCGCAAAUGGUGAUCGCCGAAAUGAUUCGCGAUGCCCACCAAACCUCACUAAAUGAAAAAGCAACGACCGAAGAUCGUAUCCGUGCGAUUGAAGUGCUUCGCUUUGCAGAUUUCGAUGCCGAUCUGUUUGAUGAGCUACUUCAACCAACGCAGCCCCUUUCCAUUCAAACGGCCGCGCUGCAAGCCAUGCAGCGGACCAAUUCGCCCGAAGUCGCAAAGCUGCUGCUCGAUCGAUGGCCCAGCUUGGGGCCUGGGCUGAGAACUCAGGCAGCUCAAGUCCUUACGUCCCGUUCCGCUUGGGCAGGCCAGCUAAUCGAUGCCAUUGCCGGCAAACGUAUCGCCUCGUCCGAUGUCAACUUGACGCAACUGGCAAGCUUGAAAUCAAUUUUAAACGACGAACAGAGUGGAAAGCUCGCCGACAUUCUAAAGGGACAAACCAAUUCCGACCGUGCCAAGAUCGUCAGCGACUACCGCGCGGCCCUUUCACUGAACGGGAAUGUCGAGCGGGGUCAAGCGGUAUUCACGAAGCACUGCACUGCGUGUCAUCAGUACCAGGGGCAAGGACAUCCGAUCGGGCCGAAUCUGGCCGCCAUGAAAAACCGCGGUGCCGAAGCGAUCCUCGUGAACGUGCUUCAGCCCAACGCCGAAGUCAAUCCGCAGUACAUGAAUUACCUCUGUUUGACCACCGACGGGCGGAACAUUUCUGGCAUCAUCACGAAUGAAACAUCGACCGCCAUCACGCUGGUCCAAGGAGACAACAAAACCGAAACCAUUCUGCGGAUCGACAUCGAUCAACUUCGCAGCACCGGCACUUCGCUGAUGCCGGAGGGCCUCGAAAAAGUGAUCGAUCAUCAGGCCAUGGCUGAUCUGCUCGCGUUUCUCACCCAAUCGGAAUAG